AGUUUUGACUUUUGAACCCGAAAAGGAAAUUCUAUAUAAACGCAGAAGGAAUAACAAAAGACAGGUGGUUCCUGAUAAAAGUAAAUUCGAACAAAAAUGAAUAGAAAUCUCAUGUCAGUUGCUAGAAAAGCUUUAACAAAAGCUCACAAUCCCGCCACCAAUAACAAACUGUUUGUUGCAGGUUUGUCAUGGUCAGUUGACGAGAAGUCAUUGAAAGAUGCUUUCUCUUCCUUUGGAGAUGUCACGGAAGUGAAUAUAUUGUAUGAUAGAAACAGUGGUAGAUCAAGAGGGUUUGGUUUUGUUAGUUUCUGUAAAGAAGAUGAGGCUGUAUCUGCGAAAGAUGCAAUGGAUGGAAAGGCAUUGUUAGGUCGUCCAUUGAGAAUAAGCUAUGCUCUUGAAAGAGUUCGAGGCGGACCAGUCGUUGUGCCUCGCCUUCCAAACGGAGGAGAUGAGGGCUACAACGGCAAUGCUUGAACUUCGUCAGAAUUGAUUGAACAUAACGAAAGGGGAGAGAUCAGAAUGCACCUCUGAUCCCCUUAGUGAUAAUUUACGAAAUUUAUUUGGAUGAAUGUGGUAACAAGCACAUCGUAUUGGUUUUGUGCGGCAAGCAAAUUAUUUUCUUCUCUGAUAUAUAGCUGAUUUUUAUUUUUA